AGAGGCGGCGGCGGCGGCAGAAGCGGCGGCGGCGGCGGCGGCGGGAGCCGAGGAGGAGGCUCCGGACGCUGCUCGGGAACCGGGGACCUGGGAGUGCCCGCGCCCUGAGCUCUCAGCUCCGGAGGCGGUGGUUGUCCCAUUUUGCCAGGCUUCUCAAAGCAGACCCAGGGCCUGCCUCCUCCUCCCCCAGUGCCUACGGAAGGAGCACCACCUGCCACCAUCCCAACUCCUGCCCUAAAAGUCAUGGCCGAAUACGGGACCCUCCUCCAGGACCUGACUAACAACAUCACCCUUGAAGAUCUGGAACAGCUGAAGUCAGCCUGCAAGGAGGACAUCCCCAGUGAGAAGAGCGAGGAGAUCACCACAGGCAGUGCCUGGUUUAGCUUCCUGGAGAGCCACAACAAGCUGGACAAAGACAACCUCUCCUAUAUUGAACACAUUUUUGAGAUCUCCCGCCGUCCAGACCUACUCACUAUGGUGGUUGACUACAGAACUCGUGUGCUGAAGAUCUCUGAGGAGGAUGAGCUGGACACCAAGCUAACCCGCAUUCCCAGUGCCAAGAAAUACAAAGACAUUAUUCGGCAGCCCUCUGAGGAAGAGAUCAUCAAACUGGCUCCCCCACCGAAGAAGGCCUGAGCAAGGGGGAGGAAGAAGAGGAAGGUUGGACCUUCAUCAGAUCACUCCCUUCCCCAGCCUCCAAGGGAGGGGGCAAGGGCAGCACUCCCAUGCACCCACUUACUAACCUGGUCCUAACUCCCUUACUGUGCGCGUGUGUGUGCGUGUGCGCACGCUCUGGCUGUCUGUCUAUAUGUCUAGCUCAUCUAGUUCCUCCUCCUUGUGAGGGGGUGGGGGUCAGGAUGGGGGGCUUAGUUUCCCCACUCUAAGGGGGAGGUGGGGGCUAUUUCUAUGCAAAUAGAAAUUGGCACAUUCCUACUUCCCUUUCUUCCACUUUUCCUGGCCACAUCUUUAAAAUGUGGAAGCAGAAAGGACCUGCAUUUUCCUACAUUGAGGAGCUGAGAUGGUGAGGUAUGGGAAUGGUGGGUAGAUCUAAGGAAAAGCAAGGAAGGAAAGGAGGGAGGACGAAGAGGCCAGUCUCCACCUGAAAGGGGCAAAGAAAAGCUAGAGUUCAGUGUUUGUAUCCUGAUGCUGGACUAGCUAAAAAGUUCCAUUUCCUGCUGUCCUCAGGCUGGAGAGCCUAGGGACCAGCAGGUCCCUUUUUAUGCUCCUCUCAUGGGCAAAGAUGGGGAUAAGCCAGGGAUCUAAUGGAAGAAGACCACCGUAUCCUUUCCUGGUCCCUAAGAGCAAAUCCUAUGGAGCAGCCAGCAUUCAGUGUCCACCCCCACCCCCCACCUUUUUGCUCUGGAAAGACUAGGCUGGGAACAUGCACCACUGAGCCUGAAAUGGGGACAUAGAGGGAUGGGCCCCUUUGUCACUCCUUUAUUCCUAUUCAGACUGUUGCACACACUGACCCCAAACUUAGGUUGAGAAAUGAGAUCCUUAGGUUUUAAUCUCAACCUGCCCCCGCUACAGGGUCCCAAUGUGGAUAUUGCAGGCAACUACCCUCUCUCUACUCAGUCUAGAACACCCCAAGCCAGAAAGAAGUGUUCUCCUUUGUACUGAUCCCCAUGCCAAUUCAGUCUUUGGAGGGGACUUGGUAACCCUUCUCACUGACACCCCGGMCCCCUUGGGCUUGUGGACGCCUCCUAGCCAAAUAACUAGAGUACAGUGAGUGACCCCAGCCUCUUGCCUGUCCCAACAUGCCCUUCCCCACCCUGACCGUGCUAACUGUGUGUACAUAUAUAUUCUACAUAUAUGUAUAUUAAACCCGCACUGCCAUGUCUGCCCUUUUUUGUGGUGUCUAGCAUUAACUUAUUGUCUAGGCCAGAGUGGGGGUGGCAAGGGAGUGCCACAGUGACGGGAGUGGCAGAGGCAAAUUGCUACAUAUUCCGAACAGAAAAGCUUUUUAUAUUUAAAAAAAAAAAAGCAAACAAAAAAAAAUUAGAUUCACAUGCAAACUGAGACUAGAGAAAGUUGGAAGUUAGCAGCUUUUAGGAUGUGGGAGCAAAACUUCAGUGGGAGCAGCGGGCUGGCUGUUGGAAGAGGGAAGAAGCCAGACUGGUCAGAGUGCCCCUCGACUCCUAGCUGAGCCCAGUCUGUGUGUCCCCUCUGGCUACUGUUGCAGACACCUGCCUUAACAUACACACCUCCAGUACUCCACGGUUUUGCCUUAAAGGAUCUUCCCAACUCUCCCCAGCCCUGUCUGGCUUCUCCCUUAGGGAGAGAUACUUGUAGAACUGGAAUUAGGGAAAUGAGYAUGAACUGUCCUUUUAUUUGGAAUGUUAUGUGAGGGAGAGGGAGAGGGAGGGAGAAAAUGAGAAUUAAUAAAGAGCUUUCCUUAUGGAAUAAACAGGRAAAAAAAAAGACGGGGUUAUUUCGGCAGAGUCUAGUAGUUUCUCUGUAAGGCAAAAUAAUCUAAAAAGACUAACUUGCCCUCCCACCCUUUGUCCUGCUGUAAGGCUGCCCCUAUCUUGUGCUCCUCCAUCUGCAGUGUGCACGGCCUUGUUCUAACCCUGGAAUAAAGGUGACUGAUUGUACUGUACUGGAUUCCAGAGUUUCUGAGUGACCAGGAUUUUGGAGCCUCUGUAUGACUGGGAAGGGAGAGGGAGCAAUAUUUACCCCUACAUCCUUUAUUGUAGCCUAGUAUAGGGACCCAGAAAACACCCCAAAUAGGAUCCUCCCCACCUCAUCCCCAUCUGCAGAGGACCACUGAGCUAAUUGGGGCCUAUUUCAUUUAAAUCGUCUCCAACUGGAGCCUGAGCARGAGAACUAGGAUAUUCCAGACUGGGCUUCCUAAAAUCUUAACAUGAACAGAGGAAGUGGGCAAGACUAAGCACCUACAAUGGAAGGAACAAAAGCAGAAUGAAUGGGCCACAUAUCACACAGAGCAGCAGAGUGUGGGGGAAAGCUUUACUGAGAAAAUACAACAAAUUCCAGAGUGCAUGGUUUUAAGUCCCACCGUAUCACUCCACUAGCAAUAGGGAGACAAACCACUCGAGUCACUACACAUUCCCUACCUCAGGAAGAAAGUGCAAUAGCUAACAUCGAGUCUGAGAGCUGCUAGGAAAAGGGGCAGGAGGAAGGAAUGUCUGGCACUACCAUCCUCUCACUUUUUCCCCCUCUUCUUUCUUUGCCUGGUUUAGUAGAAUCCAACUGUUCCAGGAUGCAAAAUUCCUAACUGGAUCUUGUGGAAAUUGGGGGCAGAAAAAUAGCAGCAAAAGCAGUUAAGGGCAAGAAUUCAAAUAGGAUUUUCAUACUCAGUGACAAGUUAAGACAGGUGUCCAAACCCUAGCCACCAGAAUCCUGUUUUCUUUCUUUUUCUGGGUACUUUGAAUUGAACCUGGAGUGCUUUAGUACUGAGCUACAUCCCAAAUCUAUAUUUUUUUCCUUUUGAGACAGUAUCUCGAUAAAUUACUGAUGCUGGCCUUGAAUUUAAAAUCCUCCUGCCUCAGUCUCCUGAAUCACUGGGAUUAUAUAGGCAUGCACCCUUACUGUCUUUCUUGUCCCUAAAUCCCAAGAUACCAAGAGGUGGACRACAUUUAUAUAAAGUCAAACCCAAGAAAUUUGCCCUUUACUAUUUUCAUUAGGAAGGGCUGAUAUGGAGCCGGAUUGCUUAAAGAAUCAUAGCUAAGAGAAUGUGUGUAUCUUCUGUCACACAAGAUCGGGAGAGAGUAGGCAGUGGGUGGCAGCGCCCUUUCUAAUGUCACAGGUCUGUCAUGUUUUAAAAAUAGGCCGGCCUCUGAUUUGAAGACCCAUCCUGGGAGCUCCCAUGAGAUUUAAGGAGAGUUAGAGGAUCUGAGGCAGAGUUUAGAGAAAAAGUUUUUCCAACCCCURUAUCCAGGCAGAAAAGGGCAGAACUGAGGAUCCUUCCAUUAUUGAGCCUCCUAAAAACCUAAGAAUAAGCCCCAGGCUUUAAUGGUCAUAUAUAAAGGGCACGUUAACCAUGGGUGUCAUUUUGACAUCAUUACUCUUGCUCAUUCUUCCUUUAAGUCCCUUUAUUGCAUUCAUAGAGAAUAUAUAGGUAUUUAAACUUUGACAAUAAUUUUAACUUGAUACAUCCAAGUUUGACUUGCUUUUUAAUAUAUUUAUAGAUAUAAAAUUAGGCCUCUAACAGUGAUAGGGACAGGGAGAUUGC